AACGCACAAGCACAAGAGAGAAAAAAAUAUCAAAGACAUCUGUUGCGGAGAGAGAGAGAGAUAGAGAGAGAAAGUGAAGAUGUCGAUAGCUUUGCUUUUGACCUCGCCGGCGAUGAAGCAGAAGCCGGCCGCGAUAACUUCUCCUCACCAUGGCUUGGGAUCCUCUACUUCUCGUCCUCUUCGAGUUUCUUGUGUCGCCACGAACCCUGCUAGGAAUAAGAAGGAAACAUAUAAACAGUUUCGACCAAUCAAAGAAGUAAAUAACCAAAUCACACACACAAUACCACAAGAGAAGCUUGAGAUCUUCAAAUCAAUGGAAGGUUGGGCAGAGAACAAACUAUUACCUUAUCUCAAACCGGUCGAAGAAUCAUGGCAACCACAAGACUUCUUACCGGCGCCGGAGAACGACGACGAGUUCUUCGAAAAAGUGAAAGAGAUCAGAGAUCGAACAAAGGAGAUCCCCGACGAUUACUUUGUGGUUCUUGUCGGAGAUAUGAUAACGGAAGAAGCACUUCCAACGUAUCAAACGACGUUAAACACACUUGACGGCGUUAAGGACGAAACCGGUGGGAGUUUAUCGCCUUGGGCGGUUUGGAUCCGAGCGUGGACGGCGGAGGAAAACCGUCACGGUGAUUUGCUUAACAAAUAUCUCUACUUAAGUGGUCGUGUUGAUAUGCGACAUGUUGAGAGGACUAUACAAUAUCUCAUUGGUUCUGGUAUGGAUUCGAAAUUUGAGAACAAUCCAUACAAUGGAUUCAUAUACACAUCGUUCCAAGAGCGAGCGACUUUCAUCUCUCACGGGAACACGGCGAGGCUAGCCACGACCUACGGCGAUGUAAACCUCGCGAAGAUCUGCGGCACGAUCGCCGCCGACGAGAAACGGCACGAGACGGCUUACACGAAGAUCGUGGAGAAGCUAUUCGAGAUCGAUCCCGACGGAUCGGUUCAGGCGCUAGCGAGCAUGAUGAAGAAGCGAAUCACGAUGCCGGCUCAUCUUAUGCACGACGGGAGAGAUAACGAUCUUUUCGAUCACUACGCCGCCGUGGCGCAGCGAAUCGGAGUUUAUACAGCGGCGGAUUACGCUGGGAUUCUCGAGUUUCUGCUGCGGCGGUGGAAGGUGGAGAGUUUGGGUUUGGGGUUGUCAGGGGAAGGAAGGAGAGCACAGGAUUAUCUGUGCACCUUGCCGCAGAGGAUCAAGAGGUUAGAGGAAAGGGCCAACGUUAGGGUCAAACUUCGGUCAAAAUCCUCUGUUUCGUUUAGCUGGGUUUUUGGUAGAGAUGUGGAGCUAUAGUCAGAUCUUAUAAUAAACAGAAAAAAUAACCCAAACAAAUAUAUAAAUAAAUCAUGUUUGUGACUUGGUAAUUUGGUAUAAUGCGUGCGAGUAACAGAACUAUCUAUCAAAAUUUUAUUUUAAGUAGUAAAGUGACUGUAUAUUAUUAUGUACGUCGUUUAUUCUGUUUUGCCGUCUGAGUAAAAAAAAAAUUAUUCAUGUUUAACUUUAGUUGUGAAUUUUGUAAUAAACUCUAUCAAUUUUAUUU